UCAGACUCUCAGAGGAAGAAGGCUUACCAUUGGCUAUGGAACCAGGCUCAUGAAGGUAUUUUUAAUGCCUCGGACAAUGUCAACUUAGCUGGAGGCGCCAAAGGACUUUAAAUGUCAAUCCUACACACCGAAGAAAAUGACCCAAGUUCCUGAGGGGUUUGAUUUCAGUUUCUUAAAUGAUGAAGAAGCCAGGCAGAUCCUUCAGGUCCUGGAGAGAAACGAGGAGCUCCAGAGGGCCGAGAAGGACAGAAUCAGCAAACUCCAGAAGACAAAGAGAGAUAUUAGAUGGCUCCAAGGGGUGACUGGUGAAUGGUUUGAAGAAAUCCAGAGAAAAAAGUUUCGCAAUGACACCGAUAUCAACCAGAUGUUAAAACAACCACUCACAUACAGACUAAGGAAGACGAAAAAUGACUCUAUGCAUUUACCCAUGUCAAGAUCUCCAAAUCUUCCAAAUCGAAAUAAUCCCUCAUCUACUCGCCGCCUGGGCUUCCGGUCAUCUCUAGCUUCACUAUUCUCCUUUGGAAAAUCAGAAAAGGAAAUUAUCGAGCCUCAACCAUCACCACAACAAGGAUAUGAUGGCUUCCCCAGAACAUCUGUUGCUGUGAAAGGAACCCCAGAGGCAGGAAUAUACAAUUCAUCAUUAAACAGUGAAUCAUCAAAUAAAGUGUUUCCCUCACAGCCUGUAAGAAUGAGGGAAGGAAGUGGUCUGUCUCCAUGGGAAGCUUCCCAGCUAGAGAAUGAAUUCUUUAAUGUUUUAGAUGACUUGGACAACAAACUAGCUCAGGAACAAGCCCUAAGUUCAGCAAAUACAAGAACACCAAUCCACUGUGGACUCAGAGCACAGAUCCGUCCUUUUUAUACCACUGGGAGCAGAAAUGGCAGUCUCAUGGUGGGACAUAGGAAUAACUAUGGUGAAACUUCAACUUCAUCCAUCUAUGACAUCCUAAGACCAUCAACUCCUAGAGAAGGUUUUAAAACUUUCUCCUAUAGAACAAAAACCAUUUAUGAUAUAUAUGGUACAAGAGAACACACAGUCUCACAAGAGAAAUAUGUGCACAAGACUUUUGGCAGUUCAUCUCUGUGUUCUGAUAGAAUACGACCCUCAGUCUCUCCUACUUUAGGACAUUUCACAGCAAAUAGUCUACAUCUGCCAUCCCACGCUCAAAAAAAGAGUGUUUUUGUACCAAGGAGCCAUCAGCAAAGUCCAAGAAGAACUCCUCUGUCAUCCAUUGUAUGGAACAGGCCACAUUCUCCUGGAGAUAUUCAGGACCAGGAAGAGUUUCCGAGGGCACAGUCCCCAAUGGAAGUUGACCCCAUCCAUCAGGAUACAAGACCUCAAGACAGUGGGCGAUAUGAAUUUUAUCGUUCCAGUAAUUCAUACCAAAGCAUUAGGCUACGUGCUCCCAGGGAUAGAGCAGCCAGUCCUGAGUCACUUGAGAAUUCUGAAAAUAUGCCCCUCCACCAACAUGAAAACAAAUUCUCAAGGUUAUACUACUGGAAUACCGUUGGUCCUAGAGGACCAAAAAAAUUUGGAGGAAGUCCUUUUCAGAGCAAAAAAGAAGAGUCUCCAUUCUUGUCCAACUUUUACCAGAGAAACAAAGAAUUCAUAUCUUCUGACAGAGACAUUGAAAUGAUUUUGACCGAUGUAAAUGAGGGGUCAGCUGUCCAUAAUAAUAACACUCCUGUACCAUAUCAAUCUUGGAGAGCAAAUUUCUUCAGAAAUCAAGAAGAGUCAAUUCACAGAGAGCUUAAUUUGCAAACAUGUGUUUCAAAAGAUAUGAAAGUCCUAUCACAAGAUAAUAGUAACCAAGCAGUCUUUAACAAAAGAUAUGAACAUUUGCACACAUCCUCCAUGGAUACAACAGAAAACAAAUUCUGGGUUGCCCCAGAUAUUUACUCCCAGAGUCAAGUCAGACCUGGUAUGCUAGUAACUCAACCAAAGUGGCCUCCAAUGGAAGCAAAUGCCGAUUCAGAACCUAACUUACCUAAAACCACUCAGAAUUUGUCAUCCUCAGCCCAGACUUCCCCACCCUUAAUUCUACAGAAAACAGAAAUCCCUCAAAGUUCUAACAUCCAGAAUACUGCCACUAGACUAUGGGACAUCAAAGGGGUUAUUCCUGAUGAAUCUGCCUCUCUUCCUUUAAGAAGCCAAAUAGAACUUAUUGAAACCAAUGGUGACUCUGUCUCUGUUGCCAGAAACCAAGCAAACACUGGGAUCCCUGAGUUGAAUCCUGAGAAAGACUUGACAGAAAAAGUGAGGCAAGUAAACAAGGUGCAUGAGACAGGCCAGGCAGACAAAAUGUUGCCAGUUAUUUCUCAAUCAAUAAUUACUGAGACUACACCUGAUUAUCGACAGUGUCUUUCUACGGAUUCAGCCACCUUUACCAGCAAUAAAUUUGUUUUUAAUGCAUCUGUCUCUAGGGGUUCAAAAAAGUCAACUGGAGUCUUUGGCAAAAGGGAUAUUUCCAAAAUUUACAUAUCAAACAGAGAUAAAGCAAAUGCACUUAAAAAAGAAGAAGAUUCUAUCACAGAAAGAAAACCAGAUUUGGGAACUUCAUUUCCUUUCUCUCAGGAAAACAGAACAUCAUUAUCUUUUCCCAAACAAAAUCAAAGUUGUCAGCAAGAACCUGGGAUAAACAAUGCUGGCAUAGAAAAGGAAGAGUGGAAACUGGGAACUGCCAAUGAUCAAACCCUAGAGUAUCCUAGAGAGUCAUUUCUUUUAGAUUCUGAAGAUAUUAAAUUGAAAAAUGCUCCAGUCCCUCCUGUCAACUGCAUCAAGAUUGCUGAAAAUCAAGUCCUAUCAGACCAUUCCCUAGAAUCAUCACCAGAUGAUGGUCAAGGUCCCCCAUCAUCUUUUUCUCCCAAUAGCCCUUCCUUGGCUUCUUUAGUAACUCCCUCAGCUACUUCAUUAAAUUCCACAUGUAAUACAUUAGUAGAAGAGGAAAUGUUCUCAAAAAAGAGUCUUCUGGGAAAAGAUCCAUCUCAAGGGGAAAGUGAAAAAAAUAAAUCUUCUGGUAACAAGAAUCAAUACAAUCAAUUAUCACUCAGCUCUUCAGAAAAUCAGGCUACUGAGGAUAUACAAGGACUUGAUCAUCAUAAAGUGAAGAAUGCUGAUAAAUGCUAUCCAGACCAUCCUUUCAGUCUUGGGAGAGGAAAGGGGAAAAUAAGGCGCCGGGUAUCAUGUAUUGAGGAGUUAAGCAAAUCAGGAAGUUUCUUGAGACAAGAGAAUAAUGACAGUAGUGACAUAGUCCCUGAUCAGAGCAAUUCCCAGUCUUUUGAGCCCGUUGACAUUUAUUGUACCUUCCCAAGAAAAUUGACCAGUUUUCUAAUAAAUGACAAUAUAAAGUCAGAAAAGAAGAUAAUGUCCACCUCAUUUAGGAAAGGACCCCCUCCAUUCCAAAUAAAGAACAUGGAAGAUUCACUAGAGAAAUGUUUCUCAAAUAAAAACAAUUCCAAUUCUUCUGAACCAGAUAGGCAAUGCUCUCUGGACUCUUCCCCUUUAAGGCCCGCACCUGUAGAGAUGAUGACAAACAUUAGAAAUGUACCUACUACUAUUAGGAAAGGACCCCCUCCAUUUGAAAUCAAAAGGACUCUGUCCAGGCCCUUCAUUACAUGUUCCUCAGGUAGAGUAGAUAGAAGAGAUAUAUAUGGCCUAGAGACAGAGCCUUCUAUUUUAACACCAAGGCCUGAGGAGCUGAUCUCUACCACCCAGGAAAAUAGCCCAUCAAUUAAAGAUUGUUCUUUACAACUAGCCAAAGAUCAUCCUCACGCAGAAAGUUUUCAAGUCCACUCUGAAAAUCAGAGCAAAAUAGCUUCUUCCCAGACAGAUAAUUUUGUAAAUACAUUUUCCCUCCCUGAUGAAAAACAUUCAUCUUUUCCAACAGAUGUGUCAGUAAAGGAAAGUGGAAAACACCUACAUAAAUAUAAGACAACAAGCACAGUUACUGUUUCUGGUGAUGAAGACAAUGUAAAAUGUCUUGAGGUGGUUUCAAUCUAUUACACUUUACCACGGAAAUCCAACAAAAAAUUAUGUGAUCUCCUUAAAAGUGACCCACAAAGUAUAUGUUUCUCCCCAGAAUCAACUACAGUGGGGGAUGCAACAUUGCCUAUUUCUCCGGGAAAGAAGAAAGUCAAUUCUUCUUCAAAAUCAUUACCAGGAACACCUAAAUCUCCACAUGCAUCUGUUAGCAGCAUUCAAUGGAGAAAGCAUUCCUUCUCAUAUGACAUUGAAACAGCAUCUGCUUUACAGUCACCACAUAGUCCAUAUACUGAGGCAGAGAAGCCCUCAGCAGAGACAUUACAGGGAAUGGACUUUAGGUUUUCUCAACUGGUUGAAGGUAUUUCUCUUUGUAAAGAAGAAUUUAAUACUACAAAGAAUGAUUCAGCUAAAACAGUCUCAGAUGAUUUACAAAGUAAAAGUAUGGAUACCUUUUCUUUCAUUCCUAGCCAUCAAAAGGAACAAGAAAAAUGGCAGAAGCACACCAGACAUACCUCUGACUCACCAACAAUGCUUUGUGAUAAACUCAUUAAAGAAGGAAAACUUGAAAAUCCUGAAAAAUCCAUUAAAGUUUAUGAAAGAGAGAGUCCUGUCAUCCAUAGCCAUUUGGAAGAUGAUGCUAGUGACAGACCUUGCAUAGGAGAAAUCUUAGGGAAACAUGGGCUUCACAUAAACAUUAUGUCUAUUGGAAGUGGAAAUUGUCCUCGUGAAGAAGUUAAUGACAAAAUACAUUCAUUACCUGCAGCUAUAUCCUUCUAUGAUGAUCUGAGAGAAUUACAGCCAGAAGCUGCUAAUGGGAAACUUAAAACAGAUGACCAGAAAAUAAUUGAAAAAACAUAUUCUGCUUUGCAAAGCAAAGAUUUAUCCCUCCCUUCCAACUCUCUCAAACUUCAGCCUGAGGAGUUUUACUGUAAGAGUCAAUCUGACUUAGAAAGAUCAUUGAGGGAACCAAAGGAAAUAUCUCAAGGAAGUGUUGCAGAUAAGGAUUUAAUUAUGUUGGAUAAAGUAGGAGAUGCCCAGAACACAAAGGCUAAAGAGAAAAUGCAGGGGCUGGCCUGUGAUCAAUAUUCACCUCCCAAGAUAGCAAAUGAAAUUAAAAAUGAUUUGGGUUGCACCAAAGAAAAAAUCAAUUUAGAGAAAAGGAAAAAUAGAACUUCUGUUAAACAAAAAUUGGCAGCUUUGUCCAAAGUCAGUAGAAAGUUUUCAACAAAAGAUAUGAGCUCCAGAAGGCACAUUGCUACUAUUUUCCCACAAGAGGAAGUCAAUUCUAAUAUCAGUGAUUUAUCUAUUAGUAAACCAGAAAUGUCUCCACUGUCAGCUGACUCCACCCUCAGGAUCCCAGAAUCCAUAGAGGAAUAUAAGAAAUUAGGCCCUAGAGAAACUGAUAACUUUGCAUUUCAAACAGCUAAAGUGAGUAAGACUGAGACCCCUCCUCAGUCUCAUUUAGAUUCCACCCAGAAACUUGUCACAUAUGAGAGUGAGCAAAAAACAAAGAUCAACAAUUCCAAACCAAGUAAGAACCAGGUUGAGAAUGUAAUCAAAUCAUCACUGAGCACCACAAACUCUGAAGAUGAAAUACUAGCAGAAAAAGGCAAAUGCCCUCAAACUUUGGAGACAGGAUAUGAAACUAUAGCCCAAUCUAGGCUUUCCAACAUGGGGAGAGAAGAUUUUUCUGAUGAUCUAAAAAGGCUGAGCCUUCGGUUCCCAUUUGAGACCAAAAUUUCUGAAGAAAGAAUCCUGCCACCUAGCUCUUUGUCACAGAGAAAAAAAAAUUCACACCAAGAAUGGGAGCCUGACUCAAAUCUCUAUCGUUCCAAGAGUUUAAAAAACAUAAAUGUACUUAGUAAUCAGCAAGAAAAAAGUCAACCUCAGAAAAUCCGUGAGCGCCAUUUUUCUGCACGUACUUUUUCUGACAAUGCUCAGGACAGAUAUAAACUUGGGAAUGAAGUCCAAAGUGGGUAUGGAAGACGGUUCCGAUCUUUUUCUGAGCUUUCUGGCUGUGAUGAAAAUGACAGCUGGGGUCUGGGAAGUGAUAGGACCAGAGCUCCUGGUCCCAGGUCUACAAGUUCCAUCUCCAGACCAAUUGACUAUGGGAUUUUUGGGAAGGAACAGCAGCUGGCUUUUUUGGAAAAUGUAAAGAGAUCACUCACAGAAGGGAGGUUGUGGAGGCCAAAUUUCCUUAAGAAUCCUGGUUUCCUAACAAAUGAUGUAAGUCAGCCUGCUAAUAGACCUGAGUCACUAACCUCCAGUUCUCCUGACAGCAAAAUACCAAAAGACAGUUUGUCUCCCAAGGGGCUGCUUAACAUCUAUCAGGAUGAACUUGAGGUGCAUUCAGAAUCUGACACUGAUACUACUACAGAUGACGAGUACUACUUGGAUGAAGCCGACAAGGAAUCAGAACUCUAAGGUCUCUUUUCAAUAAAGAGAAAAACUUUUUUUUUUUUUAAUAGCCAAUUAUUAUUCCCUGGAAUUCAGGUUAAGCGUCUUUGUAAAUAGCAUUUUGACCAUGAGAACUUAAGAGACAAAAGUCCUUAUUCCAAAACAAUCUAAUUCCUCAUUUUCCCAAUACACCUGGAUUCAAAUAAACAACUUUGGCUUGUUUUGGGGGUUUUUCUGCUUACAGAUAAGACAAAUGUUUCUUCAGGAGAUUUCACACUUCCCUGACUGUCAUCAUUAGAUUAUUUCAUCUUCUCUAUCUUUUCAUCUCCAAUUCAGCUUCUAGUUUCUUCCCCAAAAGAUUAAUAUCACUAAUCAUCUAGCACACUCAUGUUCUAUUCUCUUAAUAUUAUUUAAAAUGAUAGAAAUUAUGAUAAUGAUAAGUUAUUAUUUCCCUCAUAAAAGAAGAUGAGUAUUUCAUCAUCAUUUGAGGACUUUAUUUUUAUGUUUUGGGGAGGGGGAAAAUAUAAGACUAGAUUCUUUUUUUUUAAAUUAACCUGAUGUGUUAUUAUAGAGUUGGAGGCUAGAAGAAUAGGAGAUGAUAAAGCUGGUGACUUAUAUAUAAGAAACUAAAUUAAUUUAGGUACAGCAUGCUAGAUCAGGUACUGUACUCAACUUGAAGCCAUGCAGAUCUAUGUUCAAGUUCUGUCCCUGAUUCUAACUAGGUGUAUAUCUAUGGGCAAGUUAGUCAAUCUCUCUGAGUCUCAACUUCCCCAUCUGUAAAAUGAAGAUAAUAUUACUUGUAGUACUCACCUCCCAAAGCUGUUGUGAAACUCAAAUGAAAUAAUGUCUGGGGAGUGGUUUUCAAAUGUUAAAGUUACUGUAGAAAUGUCAAUUAUCAUGAAAAGCCAUCUAAGAGUGAGUUAACUGAGUGAACCAGGUGAGUUAAUUAAACAGAUCCAGGAUGUGGGCCAGCUAGAUAUGAUGUAUGAUAGUGAAUUAGUUGCGUCAUCUUUGUCUAUGAAAAACACCAUUACUAUAGCACCAUGGCAAGCAAGUAUUUCUAUCCUAAAACUGAUUUAACUUUGCUAUAACCUCGGUAACUUUUUUUAAAUUUUCCAAAUUUAUUUCCAACUUUCCGUAUUUGUGAAGUUAAAACUUCCAAGGGGCCAAAUUUCAGUUCAUAAGUAUUGAGACAGAGAAUUAGCUACAUUCUUAAAAUGCUGCCCAUCCUAAGUAAAAUUUCAAGAUUCCUACAUCUCUAUAUAUCUAACUGGUGCUGAACCAUCAGAUUCUUUUACUCCAGGACUUUCAAAAUUCUGUAUACAUCUAACUGGUGCUGAACCAUCAGAUUCUUUUACUCCAGGACUUUCAAAAUCCUGACACUUUGGUUUCUUUCUAAUUAUUUGCUUAGACUGGAGUAGGAUAGAUAGCAGAUAGCUUCAAACAGUUAUGAAAGGCAAUGCUAAGGUAAGGAUGGCCAAGGUAAAAAAUAUUGUGGUUGAGAUAUCUUGAUAGAGCUAUCUAAGAAAGUCUAUCUCUUGCUUCCUUAAUCCAAAGUUGUAUUGGUUCCUGUUUAAUAGGAAACCAUUUCAUAGGAACAUAUAUGAAAAUCUUUUCACCCUGUUUCUAAAUUCCUUUUAUAGUCUGACUGAUAUGAAUUUAUAUUCUUUAUCCAUUUCUCUUUUCUCCGAAAAUAUUUUCUUGUCUUUUUAUUCUCUUAUCUUCAGCUAAUGAUACUUGUUGGUAUAAUACUUAAAGAUUCUAGGAAUGUAUGAUUAUGAGAAGGAAGUGUAUUAUUAUUGUUAUGUCUUCAUCUUCAUCUUGCCUGUAAGUACAGUACAGGCUGUUUUGCCUAUUAUAUUCCCAGGAGUCUCAACUGUAAUAAAAUAGAGCAAUUACCACAAAUUCUGUUCUUAAUUUAAAUUCAAGUGUUCUAGUAACACAAAGCUAAACAUAUAUUUAUUAAAAUUCAUAUAUUUUUCAGUUGUCCUUUGUCUGCCCUACUCCUGCUCAUUUUCUUGUUACAAAUCCAUAUAGAUCAUUAAGAAUAGAUUUUUUGAAAUGCAAAAGAAGCCUAAUACUCUAAAGUUGAAAAACAAGUCUUCUCUGCCUUACAAAUUCUAUCACUAUAAAUGAGGCUGUAUCUCUGUCACAUCACAUGAAAUGAAGUUAAAGAUUUUGAAGUCUAGAGUGUAACCAAAGUAGUAGAUUUGGGGUUUAACAGUUAUUCUUGGGCCUGAAUUCUUUGCAUUGGCUAUCUAUGGUCUAAAUCUUGCCAGUAAUAAUAGUUUUCAACUUUAUUACUUACUGUUAAACCUGGUUCAGAAGUCAUAAAAACAGAUUUAUAGAAGGUAUUAUUCUCCUUCUCUCUUUGUAUUUUAUAUAAAAUACUUCGUUAAAGAAGUAUAGUUAUUUUAUAUGUAUUUUAACAUACAAAUUGCUGCUCUUUUAAACUAUGAUCCUUUUUGGUGUAUAUAAUAUAUAUUAGUCCUUUUUAUAUUCCAAACUUGUUUUCUAAGAAAUAUUCCAUGUCAAAAUAAUACCUGUGUACAGAUGGACCAAUCAAAAGGGAACACUAAUGUGCACAGUUAUAAAACAAUUAUUUUAUGUAUGUGGACAAUGGACUCUUGUCAUGAGUCAUAGAGCAUGUGGCUGAUUUAAUGCAGACUUCAUUUGAUCACAUUUUAGAGAAACUACUUUAAAUGGGUCAUUCAGUAUUAUGAGGCUAUUGGUUGUUAAUAAACCCAUAAUUCUAUUAGAUUGUCUGAUAUGACAAGCAAAUAGAAUAGUCAGUAGAAAUUCAACACAUACCUGCACUGAAGCUAGUAGUGGGAGGAAGUCAAACUUAUACAAUGGUGAAGAAAGCUACUUAGAAGUAAAAUUCUCAAAUGAAGUAAUUUUUUUUUUUGGUCAUACCAUAGGAUAAGGCAAAGAAAUCUUAUUAAGAAUAGUAGCAUUAUUGUUUCAGAAUAAUAAUUUUAUUUGAAUCUAUAGCCAGGUCCCAAUUAGUGCAAAUAAUGAAUCUCUUGAAGUGUUCACAUUAAAAUUCUCACUGGGCUGGAAGCAAUUACGAUGUUUUAUACAAUUUUAACUUUGAAUAGUGUAAAUUUGAAUAUGUGAGACCACUUAGAGAAUUCAUUAUUCCACUAAUUAUGCCCUAAGCUAUAUCAUGUACAUAUAUAUAUAUGUGUGUGUGUGUGUGUGUGUGUGUGUGUGUGUGUGUGUGUUUGUAUAUAUGCAUGUUUGUACAGAUAUUUUGUUUUCUCCAGCUUUGUAAAUUUACAUAGUCACUGAGGUAUCUCAGAAUGACUUGUAUAACUUCUGAAACAAAUAAGCCUUAAUGCACUUUUUCUGAAACUUUUUCUAGUGGUCAUUUACAUGCCAUUGCCUCUAAACCUUUUCCCUGAAUAUGUCAAUGCCCUCCAAAAUAAUGUAAUAUUAAAUAAAUUCCUGUUUUCAAAUAAAUGGUCUAAAAGA